GGAGGCGCCGCGCUGCUGGGAUCGCCUGGGCACAGUAUAUGUGGUACGGAGUGGAAAGUGUAGAAAGCGCAAGUUGGGAAAGCUGCCCGCCACUCGGCCGGGAGUUCGAUUUUCCGGGCCGGGAAAACUACGCAGGACUACACGCACACGCCAGCCCCUUAUGUACUUCCGCUGCGAGUGUGUGUGUGAGCGGGCCGCCAUUGUUGUGCCCUCGAAACCGAACCGAACCGAAUCCGUGCCCGUUUCUGAAAGCGAAACCCACCCCGAAGCAUCCCUCUCGCUCGCACAUCCUCAGACAGACAAAUAAUCGAUGAAUGAAGCGACCCUCGGUGAGCGUGUGCGUGUGCGGGUGAGUGUGUAUGUGCGUGCGUGUGUGUGUGUGAACGCAGGACGAAUGACUGCCUGGGUGUACGAAGUGUAGGUAGCCAGAGUCCUGGGUUUAAAUUGAGAGGCGUCGGGGCAGGAGAGCUCAGUUCGAGUCGAGAUCUCGCAGCGCACACACAGCUCCGCACAACCAAAUCAAGUCCAAAAUCAGAAUCUCAAGUGUUCCAUCCAAGUGCUUCAGUGUCGCGAGAGAGCCAUUUACCCCUUCCAUUAAAACUAUAUAAUCGGCUGCGAAAUGUCGACGAUUAACCUGCAUCCCCCGCAAACCUACUCGCGCCUUUUCCGACCCUGGGACACUCAGCGCCAGGCGGCGACCUCGGCGGCACCCAGGACAGUGAAGCAGGAGCCGGAGGCCAUUACCAUCAAGACGGAGCUGGCCAGCAGCAGUUUCGGCCACGACUGCGACAGAGACUUCUCCUCCGCAUCCUCCUCUGCGUCAAGCAGCAGCAACAGCAGCAAGUCCUGCUACGAGGAGGCCCUGAACCACAGCAGCUACACCCGCACAUCCACGCCGCUGCUGGACGCCGCCCCGCACCCCGUCUUUUCACACCCGCAGUCGUCGCCGUUGGACGCGCACGCCGCCGGCACCGCAUCCUUGGCUCCGCCAAGCCAGCACGCUCCCUUCCUGUCGGCCGCCAGCGAUCUCUACUACGCUGCCGCCGCCGCAGCAGCCGCUGCCGCCUCCACGCCCACUGCCGUCCCGGGCUUCGGCAUGGACCCGUUCACUAUGGGCCUGAUGGAGCAGGAGUACGCCCGCGUGAUGGCCGAGGAUGCACAGUUGAAGGCGCUCAACAGCCGCAAGCAGCGGCCGAAGAAGUUCAAGUGCCCCAACUGCGACGUGGCCUUCUCCAACAACGGCCAGCUGAAGGGCCACAUACGCAUCCACACCGGCGAACGCCCAUUCAAGUGCGACGUGAACACAUGCGGCAAGACCUUCACCCGCAAUGAGGAACUGACGCGUCACAAGCGAAUCCACACCGGACUGCGGCCGUAUCCUUGCAGUGCCUGCGGAAAGAAGUUCGGCCGACGCGACCACUUGAAGAAGCACAUGAAGACGCACAUGCCGCAGGAGCGCCAGCUGGGACCGUCCAUCUUCGUGCCCAUGUACCCAUACCUUUAUGGCUACUGAGAGGGGAAUCCUGGCGAGCUUUCCCCGCGACACGUGAUCCUGCACUCCAGCGAUCUGUAAAGCGCUUGCACGCUUUAAACAAGCACUACCGAACCGAAUCCAACGAAUCGAACCAAAACGCCAGCCAAACUGCCUAGCCAAUCGUGGACAGAACUACCUCAGCCGUACCUGGCGCAAUGUGGCGCACUCACCAAACCCAAUCAAUGCUAUCUUUGGACCUCGACGAUAUAUGCAAAUAUUGAGAUAUUUAUUUUUUAACGCGUAUUUACACUUCCAGCUACGUGACUGGUUAUGAUAUUCGGCACAUGUGUAAAUAAUCCCUAAGUGAUCCUUUCUCAUAUGCUAAGCGAUUAAGAAAUUUAAGAGAUACCCGGAUGUACGUCUAAGUUACACUUAAGCUGAUACUUAAAGCUGAUCGCGGUUACCAGAUACAUACGAUUUAUACACAAAAUUAUACGAUCAUAGUUAAAUCUGAGAGUUGCAUUAUACGAUUUAUGUUUACAACACAAAAUACACAAGAAAAACCAUACAAGAAA